GGUUGAAGUAAAGCUGGAAGGGGGUGAUGAGCUCCAGCUGCUGCGGGGACACAACAAAGACCCCAGUGGGGGCAGGCCAGGUUCAGGUUUGACUUCCAGCUUCUGUGAGGAGACUCUGAAAGGAGAGGAGGAGGAGGAGAAUCAAGAAGGAGGAAGGUCCUCAGGAGAGGGAGGACUCAAAGAGAGGGCAGAUUCCCAGUGGAGCCUUGAGUCCAGCUGCUACGUCAAGUGGUCAUCCUCCUGUUAGAUCUUCAGGCUGGAGGGGAGGGGAGGGGGGCUGCCCCAAGCAACCUCAGCUCCAGCCUAAAUUGGACUGUGCAGUUUCCCUCAUUGCUCCUGGCUCUGCCCACUGGGCUUCAGCACCCAUCUCCCUCCCCUGCCAUCUCACCCUGGAACCUUCCUCCUUUUUCCUAUCAGUGAGUUCCCCCAGGGGUCUCCAUUCUGAGGUGGGACUCAGGACAGCCCCUCUUCAUUCCUCUCCGGCUUCACUGGGAGCUCUCAGAACUUCCCUGGAUGCCCCUGCUCGUUGGCUUGGGCAUUGGCAUCCUCCCCGAGCUCUGUUCAGUUCCUCCACCGGUGUUGUCUUUACUCAUUAGAUGUAAGCAAAAGUGGAUUGCUGAGAACAGGAAAGGAAGGAAAAGGUGAACUCUCAAGAGCUUAAGUUCAGACUCAAGCCUCUUCUUGACCUAGAAGCUGCCCCAAGACUGGAUGUGGAUCUGGGUGGCUAGAGUCAGAAGACCCAAGAUGCAUCCAAGUGGAAGUGAGAUCACCAAGUACAGGAAUAAGGUUCCUAUAAAGUUGCCCUAAUGGCAGAAGGCCACUCUACUCUCCAGCAGCCAUCUCAGCCAAUACCAGAGACCCAAAAAGUAGUAAUUGUCUGGUGGACAGAAAUGAUUGAACUGUGACUGAAGCCUUUAUCACAUUCAUCAUGCUUCUCUGCCUUUGGAAGCUUCUGUUCGCCCCCAACAGGUGUGAGCUCAGCCAGACUCUAUGGCCCUCCUGGUCCUCAAGGCUAAGACCCACCAGCUGAGGAGACGGUCAUUGGGUCUGGAGUCUGUGACAUUCCAAGACGUGGCCGUGACCUUCACCCCUGAGGAGUGGGAGCAACUGGGCCCUCCUCAGAAGGCCCUGUACAGGGAGGUGAUGCUGGAGAACUAUGGGAACCUGGUGUGCCUGGGCCCCACGUUGUCCCCUAGAGUCCCGGAGCAGGUCCUCCGGGCAGAGGUUUCUACUUGGCAGGGAGAGGUCAGAGGAAGGCCCUCUGUGAUGGGUCAUUCUCCCCCACUGCUACGAACAGAGCCCCAGAAGCAGUCGAACAGAUUGCACAGCUGAUCCCCAAACCAAGGAGUCAGCUCCAAAGCACGGUGUUUUAGUGGAUCAAAUAUCCCAGGAGAUACAGCAAAGCACAGUUCUUGUGUCUCCAACCUGAGAGAAUCCUGGGAACUUGAGGCCUCAUUAAUGAGGCAGCAGAGGGUUGAGGAGGAACAUUACAGGAAAGUGAAAAUUUCCCAAAGGAAAACACCUCUUAAAGUGAGAGGCCGGGAAUCUAAUAUGUAUGACAGAAACUUCAGUCAACGGCACAUCCUAUUUCCCAAAGAAGGAGUCUCUGUGGAAAGGUGUUUGCAAAAAAGUGAGAAACACAUAAAGAGUCUUCAUACUUCAGAAAAACUCAGGGGGAAUGGGAAGGCUAGUCAGAAAACAUGCCUGAUUUAUCACCAGAG